GUCAUCUUCGACCAGGAGAUCGAUCAGAAGAAGGGCAAGCCGUGCGCCAAAAACGUGCAGAUCGAAGGCGGUGGCGGAGGCGGAGGUGGUCCAGGUCGCGGGGGAGGCGGCUACGGAGGCGGCGGCGGAGGCCCAGGCCCGGGACGAUCUCAAGGAACCGUCAGCAAUUGGGAUGGCGAGAAAGGUUUUGGCUUCAUCAAGCCAGACAGCGGGGACAAAGAUCU